AUGACGGGCAACCAAACUGACAGUUCAGUGACAUCCAGCUCCGAAUACAAGCUGGCCAUCCUUUAUGCAAUCGUUGGUACCAUUGGUCUACUGGGAAAUAUGUUUGUUUGUUACGUAUUCUACCGUAUACGUCGCUUACGAUCCAUAACUAAUUUAUUCAUUAUCAACCAGUCUGUAAUCGACAUGAUAAGCUCUCUCAUCUUUCUCAUCUUGAAACUGGGCCCAAUUAAGUUGCCUUCGAAAGGCAUCUCAGGAAGCCUGUUCUGUAAAUUCUGGUAUUCGGAGUACUUGAUGUGGUCGCUGUUUCUUGCAUCUACUGCUAACUUGUGCGUUGUUACGCUAGAGCGUUACUUCGCCAUUUGUCACCCGGUUUUUCAUCGGAAUAAGUUUAACAAAAAAGCGGCAAAGAUAAUCAUAGCUAUAGUUUGGCUAUAUGGUUUUCCCAUCGAGUUGCUUUGGGGAUUACCAUUUCACCACAGUGGCGAACAUUGCGCAAUAAAAUACAUCAGCCGAGAGUUCAGUUUAAUUGUUGGCGUCUUAUUUUUCUGUAUAGCGUGGUUCUUUCCAUUGGUGUUAAUGGUUGUGUGUUACGUCCAAAUUAUCAAGAGGCUAAGCGGCAACAAAUUAAAUCCGAGUGACAACGCUGAUCGCCAUUCAUCCAAUAACAAUUCUACCUUCCGUCGAGCACAGAGAAACGUGGUGAAGACACUUUUUAUCGUAUCUAUGACGUACGCCCUCUGUUGGGGACCAAAUGAAAUUGCUUUACUGCACUUCAACAUGGGUGGUUAUUUAGAUUUUUCUAGUGAUUAUUAUUUUUUCUCAGUGGUACUUGUUUUCUGUAAUCCUUGUAUAAAUCCAUUCAUUUACGUAUUUCAGUAUCAUCAAUUCCGUGACAAAAUUCCUAUUGCGUUUGGUUGUAAAAAGGCGAGUACGACAGACGAAAGAACUGGUACAGUGACAGGUUCGGAAAUGCAUACAGAUGCUUAG